AUGAAGCUUUUUGUGAAUCGUUCUUUCUUACAUCUUGUGGAAGACCUCGAUUCAAUAAAGAAGAUGAAUUGGGCAGAAUUUGUGUUGUCCUAUCUUGUGCACGAGAUUGAAGAGUUUAAGAAGAAACAACAAAGUGGGGUUUGCGGUUGCUUAUUGUUUUUAAUGUUAUUCUACCACGAGCAUAUAUCGUUUGAAGAGAAAUUUCUACCGCUAUAUACUCGACCUUCUCCUCGGAUUACUGCUUGGGGAGAUGAUGAAGUAUUGGACAGGAAACGAAGAUUGAAAAAACUUGGUGGAUAUGCAAAUGAGAAUUUCAAAAUAUGGGUGAUAGAAAAUGAGAUAAGGGAUUGCGUUGAUGGAAAUGCAACGAGAAUGGCGAGUGAGAAUGAGGACGAUGAGAAAUUUGUAUCCAAUCUAAACAAAGAUGUUAUUAAACGAGUAAGUGUUUUACAAUAUUCAUCGUGA